UGGUUUCAGAAACUGGUUCCGUUACAAACCACAGCGUCACACCACAGCGAGACUGGGUUCCAGCUGAGGGGGUGUGUCGUUAGCUCGGCCCAGUUCGGCCCAGUUCGGUCCGGUUCUGCCCGGCUCGGUUCGGCUCGGUUCCUGACCCCGAACCGGUCAACCGGAGGAUAAACAACCACCGAAGAAGUUCUUCAAAGUACCGACGAACCCGGAGAGAGUCAAGUUUGAUCUGAGCGUGAUGUCAUCCUUUGUGGGCGUGGCCAGCCCCUGGGGAGCUGAUGAAGAGGAGGAGCAGUGGGACACAGACGCUGAUGAAGGUGGACACGAGACUCCUCCCCCUCUGGAUCCACUACAGCAGUUCCGGUGCUCCGAGGCCAGGAAGUGGUCGGGGGUGAAGACGAAGAGCGUCAGGAGGAAUCAAAGGAGGAGAUGCAAACAAGGCUGGUCGGUGGAGAAGGUGACUCAGCGUUUCCUCCAGAUGUUCCUCACGGUUCCCGACGGCGUGCUGGACCUCCGGCACGUGAGGACGAGUCUGCGUCCUCACGUGCAGCGAGUCGACGACAUCGCCAGCGUCCUGCAGAGCGUCCAGCUGGUGGAGCGGCGCUCGGCCCACGUGGUCAAGUGGAUAGGAGGAAGUCCCGUCAGCAGCUUCCUGUCCAGGAGCCAGCAGAAGCUCCAGAGGGAGAUGGAGAACCUGAAGGUGGUGGAGGAGACGCUGGACUCGCUCAUCAGGAGCUGCAGCCAGCAGCUGUUCAUCAUGACGGACGACCAGGAGACGUCACCAUAUCCUUCCUCAGCAGAAACCAUGAUGAAGACGAGAUUAAAGUUUUUAAAGUCUUUCUUUAAAAAACAGACUUGA